AUGAGGCAGCUGGCGACGAGGUUUCUCGUCAGCCUCUUUUCGGCCAACGAGACGGCCUAUCUGGCCGUGGCCGCCGUUUUGCUCAUCGUCGAGGCCGUCGUGUCGGAGAUGAUCAUUCAGAAUGUGAAAUGUGAGCUUUUCAAGUGCACAUUUCAAGUUCGAAGAGAAAAAAACGAGCAAAAGACGCCAGGAAGCGUGUGUCUAGAGUUCACGCGUGACAAUUUAUCCUUUUUGAAGAGUUGAAAGUGUUAUAGUUACCAUCCAAAAGUCUCUAAGAACGUCUCCGCCGGUCGGCGAGGGCAUGAGCGUUUGGCCGAUAGGCGGCAAGAAAUCGGGCAGCUGAUCUUCAUUUUGCCGAAACAUGAAACAGGAAAUAUGAGUUGAAUAGCAGAACAGGCAUCCAAACGGCUUGGGAAUCGGGCGGUCCCCUCUCGUGGUACCAAAGGAAGAGCUGCACGGAAUGGGGAACAUUUAUUUGGGUUCACCCGCGUCCCAACUCUUCGGAUACCUGAUAGCAGAAUGAAAAUUCUGACCAAAUUUCGGGAAAACUCGGAGAAUGAAUAGUUUUUUGCAACUUUGCUAAAGACUUCCAGCAGAGAUUCCCUACUUUCUAACAUUUUGCAGACACGGAAAUCGACUGGAGUACGUACAUGCAGCAAGUGGAGUGCUACGUGAACAAGGGCAUUCUCAACUAUACGCAAAUCGGCGGAGACACCGGACCAGUUGUGUACGCCCUUUUCUAAUUUGCUUUUUUCAAGAACAAUGGCUUUAGGUACCCAGCCGGCCACAUUUGGGUCUACCGAGUAUUGCACUUUUGCACAAAUGGUGGAAAGAAUAUCCGAGCCGCCCAACACAUUUUCCAAGGAUUCUACCUUUUGAACCUCUUUCUCGUGUUCAAAAUUUUUCACAAAACAAUGAGAGUAAGUUUUGAAGGGAUUUUAUUCGGAGAGUUGGAUUUUGUCCUUAAAAUGAAUAAAGGCGAAUAAUUGCAGAUACCCCCAAUCGUGCUACUUCUGGUUACGGUAACCGGCUACCGUAUCCACUCGAUAUUCGUGCUGCGUCUCUUCAACGACCCCCUCGCAAUGCUCCUUUUCUACGCGGCACUCGACAGAUUUCUGAACGAGAAAUGGCUCGUCGGAUGCAUCUUUUAUAGGUACAAAUUGAACGAUUUUUCAGAUAAAUUGAAGACAACUUUUCAGUUCCGCAGUUUCGAUAAAAAUGAACGUUUUGCUUUUCGCGCCGGCUCUUUUCAUUACUUUAUUGCUCAAUAACGGAUUUUUGCACACAGUCGGCUAUAUCGCACUUUGCGGGUACGUUUAUCGUAGACAAAACAGCUAACAAAUGUGUGUUCUUCAGGGUAAUCCAACUGUACGUGGGCAGUCCGUUCCUUUUGUACGAUUGGAAGAGUUAUGUGCAGAGAUCGUUCGAUUUGGGACGCGUUUUUAUGUUCAAAUGGACUGUCAACUGGCGAUUUUUACCCGAACAGGUACGCACCCCAUUUUCUAUAGAAUUUCCACAACCUUUUUUGCAGAUUUUCCUCGACAAACGCUUCCACAUUGCCCUUCUUGCUGGCCAUCUCACGUGCUUGGCGCUUUUUGCCUGGUUCAUGUGGUUUAGGUCAGUUUACUGUACUUUUCGUAUUUUUUAAGGGACGAGGGAACUCAAUAAGAGACGUUUCCUGGUCCUUUAAUUGUUCAAUUUAUUUGUUAUUUAUUGUCGUGAAAGCUAAGAAAUAAUAAUCAUUUAGACGCGUGAACGGAGUGGGCGCCUCCGUCCGCCUGGUCCUCUUCCGCUCGAUUCCGACGGCGACGGGCACCAUCGACACUCUUUCGGCCUUUUUCACGGCGAACCUCAUCGGCAUCGCGUUCUCGCGUUCCCUGCACUACCAGUUCUACUCGUGGUACUUCCACCAACUGCCGUUCCUGCUCUUCUGCGACUAUCCGCACGUCGCCUGCCUCGCCGACAUCCCCGUCCGCCAGUUUGUGUGGAAAGUCGGCGUGCUGCUCGCCGUCGAACUCUCGUGGAACGUCUAUCCGUCCACGUGGUGGUCGUCGGCCCUCCUCCACGUUUGCCACGUCGUGAUCCUUUGGCACGUGGUCGUGACGAGACCCGAACGGCCGCAGGAGACGGUCAGCGAGGAGACGAACCGGACGAUCCGAUGGCGGCACGCGAUGAUGGAGAGGGUGGCGGCGGAGAACGAGGGGAACGUGGUGCCGCGGUGCAAAAUGGAAGUGGACGCCGAGGGGAACGAGGUGCCGAUGAAGGUGGAGCCGAAGGAACCGCGGAUCGGAGGACGGAGGAGCAGACGGCAAAUGGACAGAGACUUUGAGGAGUACUAUCAGAACGAGAUGGAACACUUCAGGGAACACUUUCAGGUCUAUGUGAGUUUAAUUUGCCACGGUCUCCACAGGUUACAAUAUGGCCGCGGCCUCAACACUUUUUUUCCUGAUUUGUGUGCUCGACAAGAUUAGACUUUCGCUCCAAAUUGUCGCUUUGUGCGGCGGAGCGAACUUGUAAGCUCUGGAGACGGUGUAUUCCCAGAGAAUGCCAAGUUUUUAACGCUGUUUCAUCUCGGCAGCGAAAAUUAGUGCGUUCCGUCUUCUUCUUGUAAUUUGUCUAACAACUAGUAACUAAUCAAUUUUAAUGGAAAUUUUGAGAAAAAACAUGUAAUUUUCAGUACGGAUUGGACGGCGAGAAAGAAGUGACCGGAUUGCCGCCGUUGGGCGAUCGGAGCAAGCUGGAAUUGCACGAAAAGGUCAAGUUAUUGUAUGCGGAGGCGUUGGAGGUCAGAACAUUGACUUUAAGCUUCGGAAAAAGUUAAAAAUUGAAUGUUUUCAGCUGCAAAGUCAACUGAACGCCCAAACGCCGCCGCCCGUCGCAAACGGCCACUGUAACGGCACGAUUUUGAGGGAGGAGAGCGAAAUUGAGCAUGGGAGCUCGAAUUCGGAGCACGAGACCGAGUCGGAGGAUUAUAACAGCGAAAAUGAAGCCGUCGACUUUCCCGAAGGCUUCGUACGACGUCAGCUGCCGCGCAGAGUUGAAUAGCGAUUUUGUGUGAUUUUGUUUGCUUUUUCAUGUAUUUUUGUGGGUUGUUGGCAAUCUUUCUCUACCUCUUCUUCUUAUUUAAUCAAUUUUCAUGUGAUAUUUUUGUUGGUUUUUCCCUUUUUCAUUGUUUCUUUUCCCCCUACACAAUGUACAGUUUCGACGAUCGUUUUUGAGUAUUAUGAACUGGUUUCGACAUUUUGUUGAGAAAUAAUAGGUUUGACCGUAAAAUAUUUGAAAGAAAUGCGUGCGAAAAAAUGGAGGGCCGUUUUUGUAGACUUUCGUGAAAAUGAUUCCCCGAUUGCGGAAUCAUUUCGGCCGCCUUUUUUCGUCGUGCCACGUGGACGCCAGCACCAGCCAACAGGCGGCUCAGAAUUUGGUUUGCCGAUUGAAUGAAUUAAAAAAAAAUCAUUUCCCUCAAUUUGCAGGUUUUCGACCGUGAAACGAAGCGGAAACAACGAGAUUGGGCGGUGCGGCAGCCGGAUUUCGCAGCCGCACAAUAUCUGAAAGAGGAGGUCGGAUGGAGGGUCGCCGAUAAGGUACUUGAACACUUUAACAAUAAAUAGUGAAAAUAGAGCUCCGCGACAUUUCGCAACCGGGAAGUGAACUUUGGCAACGCAAUUUAUCUCAAAGUAGUUCAUGAUUGUUGCGGAACGUCAGGGAGCCCAGAACUUUCAAAGACCUGGACUUUCGGACCACUUGCAAGGAUCCGAACGGACCCAAACUUUGCAGGCUUCUUGGAAUUCGAUGGAAGUAUAUUGGGUUCAAGUUUCAGACCGAUCGGAUUAUUUCGUCUCGAGAUAUACUGGUUUGAGACCGGAAAGCUUUUUCGCCCAUAUCUCUGGACCAGAUGAUCGGAUCGGUCUGAAACUCGGACCCAAUAUACUUCAACCCAAGGCCAAGAAGCCUGCAAAGUUUGGGCUCGAUCGGAAUAUUGCAAGUGGGUCAAAAGUACAAGCCUUCGAACAGCCCGGACCGGCCAUUUCCCCAGCCCUGAAAAAAGGUCAAUUUGCAGGUAUUCGAUCUGACGAAAUUCAACCCGUUGGUGCUGGAUAUCGGGUGUGGAGCCGGGCAUAUCACUCCGCAUCUGAUCAAGGAAAAUGUGGGAAAAAUUAUACAGGUAACUGCGGCAAUCGGCUGCCUUCCCUCUUUGUUCGACAUUCUGAAUCGAACUGAAUCAAUUUUCAAUUGUGUGACAGCUUCCAGUGCUUAUAGUGUUUCCGCAGGUGGACAUAUCGGGCGGGAUGGUGCAGUCGAGUGCCGGCUGCGAAGAUCCCGAUGUGAUUGUGGAGCGUCGGUGCGUGGACGAGGAGUCGCUCGAUGGAUUCCAUGCGGACCAGUUCGACCUCCUUUUGACGUCCAUGUCCGCGCACUGGAUCAACCGAUUACCCGACUGGUUCCGCCGGUGCCACGACAUCCUUAAACCGGACUGCCCGUUCAUCGGAUCCAUGCUCGCAGACGACACUCUCUACGAGCUCCGGUGCUCACUUCAGUUGGCUGAGGUUCGCAAUAGGCUUGCAAUAUUCCGAUGGGACCCAAACUUUGCAGGGUUCUUGGACUUGGAUUGAAGUAUUUUGGGGGGACCAAGUUUUAGAGCGAUCGUAUCAGAUGAUCCGAUCGGUCUGAAACUUGGACCCAGUGCUCUUCAAUCCAAGUCGAAGAAGUCUGCAAAGUUUGGGUCCGAUCUGAUCAUUGCAAGUGGUCCAAAAGUCCAAGCCCACAUUGAUCUGUUCAGCUGGAGCGUCUGGGCGGUGUCUCGUCGCACAUCUCGCCGUUCGUGCGUACUCAGGACGUGGGCGGUCUGCUCUCCUCCGCCGGAUUCGACAUGAUCACUCUGGAUUCGGACGAGAUCCAAGUGGGAUACCCGAACAUGUUCGCACUCAUGUACGACCUGAAACUGAUGGGAGAGUCCCAUUGCACUUAUCGACGGAACCAUACCAUUCGGAGGGAUGUGCUCAUCGCCGCCGAGGCUAUUUAUCAGGUUAGGGACCAGGGAUUGGAAGUAACGUCAAAGUUUUGCGACGUUCAUUUCUUUCGUCUAAUCCGGACCAUUUCUCGAACGUUUUAGUGUAUGUAUUUCGAUGUCAAAAAUUGUUACAAUUCGCGUUGAUCCUCCUUUCUUGCAGUCAAUGUACGCAAAAGACGGAAAGUACCCGGCGUCGUUCAAAAUCGUGUCGUUCAUCGGCUGGAAACCGGGUCCGUUGAUGCCGAAACCGGCGAAAAGAGGCUCGCAGUCGGUGUCGCUGAAGGACAUUGGCAAAAUUGUGGAGGAUCCGGAGAUGAUGCGCAAAAUGAGCGAGGAUUCGAACAAGAAUAAAAAAUAG